ACCACACUUUGCUUAAAUGCGGUGCAAAUUUCCCUACCCCCAGCGAAGGAGGGGUGAAGAUUCGGCAGGUUUUAGGGUCUAGGACCCUGAGCUCCUCCAUUCAUGAAUACCCAAACAACUGUAGCCCACCCUCUCACCACUGCCUAGGCGGGCGAACAGUGUCCUCAGCUAGAUCUCCACCCUUAGGAACAGGGCACUGGCUGAACCGGAGAACCUGCGCCGCCUCUUCCCAGCCUGCUGCCAGCCCAGCGCACGAGUUGAACGCCGCUGCCGCCUGGCUGGCCGGGGAAGACUGGGAUCUUGACGCAGCGGUGCCUGGGACACAGCAACGGCAGCACAGGGCAUGGCCCUGCAGCUGGACUGGACGCGGCGGCUGCAGGAAGCGAGCGCAGGCUGGGCAGCUGCGUACGCUUCGGCGGCGUCAGCUUCCGGGGCCGUGGGCGGGGGCGCGCCCGAGCCUCCUGGAAACCUCCUCACCAAGGACCCCGGGAACCCGUGUCUCGGCCCGCUUUGCAGCCUCUGGUUUCUAAAUUCAGCGUCAAGGAGCGGAAACAACCCCCCUGAACUGGGCCCAGACCCUUAAGCUCCUGGAACCUCAGUUUUUCCUUCCGUCGAAUGGCGACAAUGGCUGUCUGGUUGAACGUUAUUUUACCUAGGAAGUGAUAAUUUUAGUAAAUAAGUCUCAGAGUAUUAGCUUGCUAAAAUCCUGCUUUGUCCUGGAUGAACUUUAGGCCACGUUAGGGGAAGGGACUUCGUAUUUAAUGUUGAGCACCUGGCGAGCGCCACCUUUGCCUCAAAUUGCCCUCGGACCCUGAUCCAGCACAAGGCCAGAGUUGGGCAGUGAGGGGUCUCGAGAGGUGGAAAGGGGAUUAUUGCACCCUCAAGAGUCCUACGUAGGGGCCUCCUAAGCCUUGGGAUUUGAUCCCUUAUACCGUGUAACAGGCCACCCCGAUUACGCGCCAAACUCAGGCUGCGGCUCUUGGCGCAGCCUCUGUCCCGCCUGAUUUCAGUUUCCAUUUCGCUGCCCUUGGUGCCCCACCGCCCGCGGCUGGCUGGGGAUUUGCCCGGUGAUCAGUGACGUAAAAGAAACUAAGGUUCCUAUUGGAAGGCGGAGUUCGGCAGGAGCCAAUCCCGGGGCUGGUCCGGGAGAAAUCUCGGCGAAGGGCCCCGAAUAGCCGGGAGAUUACGGGGCGGGGACGAGCUGUCGCGCUGGUUGUUCGUGGAGGAGCGGGACCCGGAACAGACCGCCGCGAGAGAGGAGGGGCCCGGGCCGGGAUUCGCGGCCCGGAGCUCGGGACCGACACAGCUUUUUCUUCUCCUGGUUUCUGUAAGUUCCUGGAGCGAAACCUUGAAUACGAUGAUUUGAUGGUGACAUGCAGCCCACUGUUCUUGCUGCUACAGGGAAUACAAAGAAAUUGCUUCUCUCUCUACCAAUUUACUACCAUCUUGCUGGAGAGAACGGUGCCAUGCCGGGAAGCACAUGCCACUUUGCCCCGUCUGCUGCCACUUUGCCCCGUCUGCUGAUGACGCUGGAUUUGGUCACUUAGUUAAGGUAACCACUGGAUCUCUUCCUUAUGAAGGUUGCUUCAUUCCAGCCUCGCAGUCACCUCUGUGCCCUGCUGGUUGUCUUCCCAGCGCUGCCCUAGUUGCCUUCCAUGGAUCUAUAGGAGAGCAAGUCCUCCAGGAGAAGAAGUCCUCACCAGUGAACGGAGACCUCUCUGAACUAAGUAUACCAUGGCCACAUCAGCUCCACUACGGAGCCUGGAAGAGGAGGUGACCUGCUCCAUCUGUCUCGAUUACCUGCGGGACCCUGUGACCAUUGACUGUGGCCACGUCUUCUGCCGCAGCUGCACCACAGACGUCCGCCCCAUCUCAGGGAGCCGCCCUGUCUGCCCACUCUGCAAGAAGCCUUUUAAGAAGGAGAACAUCCGACCCGUGUGGCAGCUGGCCAGCCUGGUGGAGAACAUUGAGCGGCUGAAGGUGGACAAGGGCAGGCAGCCGGGAGAGGUGACCCGGGAGCAGCAAGACGCGAAGUUGUGUGAGCGACACCGAGAAAAGCUGCACUACUACUGCGAGGACGACGGGAAGCUGCUGUGCGUGAUGUGCCGGGAGUCCCGGGAGCACAGGCCCCACACGGCCGUCCUCAUGGAGAAGGCCGCCCAGCCCCACAGGGAAAAAAUCUUGAACCACCUGAGUACCCUAAGGAGAGACAGAGACAAAAUUCAGGGCUUCCAGGCAAAGGGAGAAGCUGAUAUCCUGGCCGCGCUGAAGAAGCUCCAGGACCAGAGGCAGUACAUUGUUGCUGAGUUUGAGCAGGGUCAUCAGUUCCUGAGGGAGCGGGAGGAACACCUGCUGGAACAGCUGGCGAAGCUGGAGCAGGAGCUCACAGAGGGCAGGGAGAAGUUCAAGAGCCGGGGCGUCGGGGAGCUCGCCCGGCUGGCCCUGGUCAUCUCCGAACUGGAGGGCAAGGCACAGCAGCCAGCUGCAGAGCUCAUGCAGGACACGAGAGACUUCCUAAACAGGUAUCCACGGAAGAAGUUCUGGGUUGGGAAACCCAUCGCUCGAGUGGUUAAAAAAAAGACCGGAGAAUUCUCAGAUAAACUCCUCUCUCUGCAGCGAGGCCUGAGGGAAUUCCAGGGGAAGCUGCUGAGAGACUUGGAAUAUAAGACAGUGAGUGUCACCCUGGACCCACAGUCGGCCAGUGGGUACCUGCAGCUGUCAGAGGACUGGAAGUGCGUGACCUACACCAGCUUGUACAAGAGUGCCUACCUGCACCCCCAGCAGUUUGACUGUGAGCCUGGGGUGCUGGGCAGCAAGGGCUUCACCUGGGGCAAGGUCUACUGGGAAGUGGAAGUGGAGAGGGAGGGCUGGUCUGAGGAUGAAGAAGAGGGGGAUGAGGAGGAAGAAGGAGAAGAGGAGGAAGAAGAAGAGGAGGCCGGCUAUGGGGAUGGAUAUGACGACUGGGAAACCGAUGAAGAUGAGGAAUCAUUGGGUGAUGAAGAGGAAGAAGAGGAGGAGGAAGGGGAGGAAGUUCUGGAAAGCUGCAUGGUGGGGGUAGCCAGAGACUCUAUGAAGAGGAAGGGAGACCUCUCCCUGCGGCCAGAGGAUGGCGUGUGGGCACUGCGCCUCUCUUCUUCUGGCAUCUGGGCCAACACCAGCCCCGAGGCUGAGCUUUUCCCAGCACUGCGGCCCCGGAGAGUGGGCAUCGCCCUGGAUUAUGAAGGGGGCACUGUGACUUUCACCAAUGCAGAGUCACAGGAACUCAUCUACACCUUCACUGCCACCUUCACCCGGCGCCUGGUCCCCUUCCUGUGGCUUAAGUGGCCAGGAACACGCCUCCUGCUGAGACCCUGAACCCUGACAUCUGCCCCUGGCCCCACACCCUAAGAUGCUUCACUUCUUUGGAAUUCCAGGACUCUCAAUGGCGGGGAAGGGAUGCCCGGCCUGAGCACCUGGAGCAGGGGACCCCAUAUCCACUGGCAGCCACCUCCCCGUCGCUCUGGCCCCCUGAGAUCUCACUCAGUGCUGUUGCUCCAUCUGCUGCCCUAAUGGGGCUCUUCUCCCACCUCUAGCUGGUUUCCCAAGGGAACUUCUGACCCUGGAGUCCAUGAAGGCUCCUUUCCUUUUUGACCACUACCUUGGCCCCAGCUCUGCACUCUCCGUGGAGUAAGGGUCUGACACAGCAUUUUCUUGCCCACCGUGGCAAGACCUUGGAAAAACCAGUUGAUUACGCCUAAGAUCAUUUUGCUGUCCUUAAACCCCACAGGUUCCUUCUUGCACAAAUCCACUCUGCUGCCCGCCUUCCCUGGCGUUUUAAACAGACCUACCCCACCCCAACUCAGAGUUAAGCAUAUAUGGCAAUGCUGAAAAUAAGCAAUGAAAAUGCACUGAGGCUUCCCAAGCCAUUUAAGGCCUGGAGUACCAGCGCAUAUCAUCUCAUGGGGUCCAGAGUGGAGUCCAGGCUUCUCUGAAACCAGGGCUGAGCAUAUUUCCAUAGCCAAGGAUGUGGGACUCCCUGGAGCUAUCUGUGGUCUUAGAGAAGGAUCCAGACAUACACGGCUUUGGGGUACCAGCUGUGAUCACUGAUCAAUAAAUUAUCUCUGGAUUGGUCCUUGUGGGGGGAGUUUUAAGAAUCCAGAACAUCUUGCUCUUGAUUAGCACAUCCAAAAACACCAAGACAAAUAUCCAGUGGGACAGAACCUCCCCUGCCUGGGGAGUUCUGACCACGUUCCCCAGCAGGGUGUUAAUCUUCUGUCCCUGGCCCUACUCAGCAUCCAGGUUCCACUUUCCUAGGAGAGAGUGGAGGUGGGAAGACAGGGAAAGGAAGGCAGCAGGAGGCCACAAGUCCACCAGGUCUUCACGUCAAGAGAGGGAGUAAUGUGUCUCCUCAUUGCCCACAGACCCAGCCUCUGUCCAGGCGCCCCUCAUGGCCACAGUUUAACACAAGCUCCCCUGCUCCAGCCAAAUUGAUCUCCCAGUCUUGACCUUACCCAUUCCAAAUGCUCUGCCAGUCUCUGUUCAUCCAAGUUUUAAGUCCUCCACCCUGUUCUAAGAGACUGUUCCGGGUCUCAGUGGUCUCUUGACCACCAUUGUCUCAGAGCUGCCCACUUUGUGUGUGCCACAUGCUGCCUGAGUCACAUGUACAUCUUAUUUCUGCCUCUAGUUUUGUAAGCUCCUGGAGGGCGGAUAACAUCUUAUACUACUCUUGUAUUCUGAUGGCACCUAGUGCAGUGCUGGGCACAGAGUAGGUGCUCAAUAAAGACAUGUUGAAUGAAC